AUGAGUAGGAGAAACGAGCUGUUAUUACCUGAUCAUCUCUCAACUGCGGCGAGCCUCACCUACUCAUCGUCCAGGUGAAAAGAAUUCUGCUUCCAUCCGCUCGUCCAUUAUCCACAUUCUCCGUUUUUAGGGUUCCCCUGCGUUUUCGUCUCUUUUAAUCUCUCUGUUUGAUUGUUUAUCUAUUGUAGUUAGAGGAGUUGCAGGAGUUACAAACCACUAACGAUGAGUAAGCUUCAAAGCUAUACGUUGAGAGAAGUAAUUUCAACUGUUGUUACACGGUCAAAAAAUGGUAAUCGAAAUUUUACUGGGACAAUUGAGCUUCAGAUUGGACUGAAGAACUAUGAUCCCCAAAAAGACAAGAGAUCCAGCGGCUCUGUUAAGCUUCCUCACAUUCCUCGCCCCAAGAUGAAAAUCUGCAUGCUUGGUGAUGCUCAACAUGUGCUAUCUAUUGCUUAUAAGCAAAAAACAGUAUCAGGUGUUGAUACUCAAAUACACCAUCUCUGCAUUUAUAUCUCUGCAAUCUAAGCAAUAUUGCCCUGAUUAUGCAGCAAAGCUUGGUUUAGAAUACAGGGAUGUGGAGUCACUGAAGAAACUUAACAAGAACAAGAAGCUGGUGAAGAAGCUUGCCAAAGGGUUCCAUGCAUUUUUAGCUUCUGAAUCUGUCAUCAAGCAGAUUCCUCGUCUUUUGGGUCCUGGCCUUAACAAAGCGGGGAAAUUUCCGACCUUGGUUGCCCAUCAGGAUUCUCUGGAAGAUAAGGUUAAUGAGACAAAAGCUAUAGUGAAGUUCCAGCUUAAGAAGGUUCUUUGCAUGGGUGUUGCUGUGGGGCACUGUGGAAUGGAGGAGAAGCAGAUUUUCCAGAAUGUCCAAUUGAGUGUCAAUUUCCUCGUUUCACUACUGAAGAAGAAUUGGCAAAAUGUAAGGUGCUUAUGGUUGAAGAGUACCAUGGGACGUCCAGAGCGCAUCUUCUAAGAAGUUCAUUCGCUUCUCUUGAGGAUUCUUCAACCAAUACUCUUCUUUUCCCCUGAGAAUGGUUCAGCUCAAUUUUGUUUCUCAUUGUUUAUUUUGUUUGUUUAGACAUUUGAAUAUUGAUAUCUUUUCUAAUUGGAGGCAGAUGUGUUUUAAUUUAAUCUGUUUCAACUUUCUAUUCUAUAUCUCUGUAUCCUCUUCUGUUCAUAUAUAUUGAUUUAUAUAAUACAAAAGAUUCGCUUGUACA